GAUGCUCUAAACCUCAUUUUUUUCCUUCGACGAAAAAAUAAUCUCAAAUAUUAGUAAAAUAGUAGUUGAUGAAAAAAAAUUAACUAUUUUAGUAGGACAUUUGUUCUUCUGCAAAUCAGCGGCCUGAAACAGUGAAGAAAGGGCUUGGCGGAAUUCCUGUUGAACUGAAUCUCCGCAACGAAAUUAGGGUUUGCCACUGGCAAUGCGCUUUGCCAAAUUAAUUGCUCUCUCAGAACCGAAAAUCUCCGCAUCAAGAGUCACGCUUCCUAAAUCCAAUGUGGCAGCUCUGGUAUUCUCAAGACUCAUUUCGACCAAUUGCACCAGUCAACAUACAGGUGAGGAUGCCGAGAUAGAAUAUCAAGAUUUUCAGAAAUGGUGCAAUGGAGGAGGCUUGUUUCACAAAUCUGCUUGUAUUGAUCCAAGUGCUAGAAUAGAGGUCGGGGCACUGGUGCAUUCAGAAUCUGCUGUGGGUGCAAAUGUCUAUGUUGGGUCAGGAAGCGUUGUUGGACCUGCUGUAACAAUUGGUCAAUCUACAAGAACAGGUUAUAACGUUGUACUGAGUAAUUGCACAAUUGGUGAUUUCUGUGUUAUUCAUCAUGGGGUCUGCAUUGGUCAAGAUGGUUUUGGAUUUUUCAUUGAUGAACAAGGGCUUAUGGUGAAGAAGCCUCAAUGCUUGAAAGCAAGGAUAGGCAACUAUGUGGAAAUCGGUGCAAAUACAUGCAUCGACAGGGGCAGUUGGCGAGACACUGUAAUUGGGGAUCAUACAAAGAUCGAUAACUUGGUACAGAUAGGUCACAAUGUGGAAAUAGGGAAAAAUUGUAUGUUAUGCGGACAAGUUGGAGUUGCAGGUUCAGUAACGAUAGGAGAUUAUGUGAUAUUAGGUGGAAGAGUUUCUAUCAAGGAUCAUGUUUGCGUAGCAUCAAAGGUACGGCUGGCUGCUAAUAGCUGUGUAACCAAGAACAUCUCUGAAGCAGGGGAUUAUGGAGGCUUCCCUGCUAUAGCAAUUCAUGAGUGGAGAAAGCAAGUUGUUAGUGCUCGCCAAACUUCAAGAGAAUUUUGGCAGAAUAAAAAGAAGAAACCUGUUUAAGACAUACCUAUUCCAAGUGUAUAUAAUACUAUGACUCUGGCACGUCGGAGGGAGGUUAUGAAAAUCAUCCAGCAGGCGGAUUCAAAAAUCUAAACAAUUGAUUGCAGCUUAUAAGAGGAGUCGCUUAUUCUUUUGUCACAAUCUCAUUAGUAAUGAUGACUUGUUUAUGCUUUUUGCCAUCAUCUUACUUCCUCCCCCUCCCUACUAACCACUGUUUUUCAUGUGUUACGACUAUAUUUUGUUACUAAACUAGAUCUAGAUUGAGAUACAUUACAUAAUUGCUGAACUCCUGCGCAGAAAAUCCUUGCAAAACAAACAAUGACAGGGAAUGUACAAUAUUCAAGUAUGUGCCUAGAAAGCAGAUACCUCAGUUUCUGGUUUUAA